AUGGCUUCACAAGAAAAUCCUUCUUCCCCCAAACAAUUCCAAAUUAUAAAGAAGACUAAAAAAAAUGUAAAUAACAAAAAACAAGGAAAAAAAAAGAAAAAAAAAUCAUUUUCAACCAAAGGGAAUGAUGAAAAAAAUAAAUUAAAUGAACUAUAUAAAUUAGAACUUAAAAAUAAUAAAAAACAUAAAAGUAAUAAAUAUGAUAGUGAUGAAGAUUCAUCAGAUAGUUUAGGAUUUUUAAAUGAAUAUGAUAAUAUAAAUGAAAUAUCAAAACAAGUAGCAGAGCAAGUUAGUCUAUAUAAACUUUUACUAAGAACACGAAUAUUAACACAAAAGAUCUUAUCAUUAUCCAAUAAACUUCCUUUACUUCCUUUUGUUUCCUGUAGCGAACAAAUUUUAAAUCAAGACGGUGACAAACAUAACGAAGAAAAUAAUGAAAACGUUGAAAGUAACAAUUCUAAUGAAAAAUAUAAAAAUACAUUAAAAGAAAUUCAAUCAAGUGAACAACAAAUAAAAGAUGAUAUCAGUGAAUUAUUAUAUACAUUACAUUUUUUUUUAAAAAAAUAUUUUAUAAAAAAAAAUAUAACAGUUAGUGAAAAUGCAGAUAAUCAAUUAAAUAUUAUAUGUGAUGAAGAAGAUGAAGAAUAUUAUGAAAAAAGAAAAAAAUUGUAUGAUCAAAAUACAACAGAAAAUGAAAAGAAACUUUUUCUUACUAUUGACACAUGGUUUAAAUAUUCUAAAAAAUCAUGUUUAAAUUUUUUUGAUAUUAUGCAUAAGAUAACAAAAAUAAGUUCGAUUGCAAGUCUAAAAACAUAUGAACAACCAAUUUCAUCUCAAAUUAAUCAGGUCAUGUUUGAUUUACCAUCUAUAAUAGAAAGUGCAUAUCCACAAGUAUUGAGUUAUAAUGUUAUAGGAGAAAAAAUAUAUGAAAAAUUAUACUCAGACAAUCCCGAUUUUAAUUUAAAUAAACACAUUUAUGACGAUGAGAUUUACUACAAAAAAUUUCUCCUUAAUGCGAUCGAAAAUUUGAAGGACAACCAGAAUGAUAACGAAUUAUUAAAGUCACAAAAAUCAAUUUAUAAAAUAAAAAAAAAAUAUAAUAAUGAUAAAGCAGAUAAAGGAAAAAUUAAAUCUUUUGAUGUUAUACCGAAACUAGCCAAUUUUAUGUUACCCGAAUCACGAGAUAUAAAUGUAGAAAGUCAUUAUGAUUAUAUGGACAAUCCUGAACUAGUUAACGUUUUAUUGUCAUCCCUGUUUCAAGAUUGA